CUUUGAAUCCAGAGCCUUCCAGAAUUCACUCGCAUUUCUUCCUACAAUUGUCGUAUUUCUACCACCACUGUCCCCAACCUGUUGGUUUGUGAGUAUGCUUGAAACUGCACUAGAUUACCGAUAACAUAUGCUGAGAGCGCUCGGCGCUGCAAACCCCUCACAAUGAAUUCCACAAAGUCAAUGUUGGUGCGGCGAGCCAUUAACUCCAAAAACUUUAGCUCUCCUCUACUUUGGCGUUCAGCUCGCCCGUCACUUAUCCCUCUGCAAAGAUCCUCAGUCAUACCCCGAUCCUUCACACCUGCAAUCUAUGCUGUCCGCACAUACGCAAACGGCCGGCCCCAUCCGCCUGGUGGCACUCACCGGAUGAACCUCGGCGGAGAGCCGGAGAAGUCUGCUCUCGAGGAAUACGGAGUUGACUUGACCCAACGCGCUCGAGAUGGAAAACUCGAUCCUGUCAUUGGAAGAGAUGGAGAAAUACAUCGAACUAUCCAGAUUCUGUCUCGCAGAACAAAAAAUAAUCCUGUCCUCAUUGGCGCUGCCGGAACUGGAAAGACUGCCAUCUUGGAAGGUCUGGCCCAGAGAAUAGUCCGGGGAGAUGUGCCCGAAAGUAUCAAGAACAAGAGAGUGAUAUCACUAGACCUUGGGCAGCUCAUAGCAGGAGCCAAAUUUCGAGGCGACUUCGAAGAACGACUGAAAAAGGUGCUAAAAGAAGUCGAAGAAGCUCAAGGAGGAGUCAUUUUGUUCGUCGAUGAACUUCAUACUUUACUAGGGCUCGGAAAGGCCGAGGGUUCGAUCGAUGCUAGCAACCUGCUGAAACCUGCAUUGUCGAGAGGCGAGCUGCAGUGCUGUGGUGCGACAACCUUGAACGAGUACCGUCAGAUUGAAAAGGAUGUUGCAUUGGCUCGAAGAUUUCAACCCAUCCAGGUUGGCGAGCCGUCUGUCCAAGACUCCAUCUCGAUCUUGCGAGGUAUCAAGGAUCGUUAUGAAGUUCAUCAUGGUGUUCGGAUCACCGACGGCGCGCUCGUCGCCGCUGCCACCUACAGCAACCGAUAUAUUACGGACCGCUUUCUACCAGAUAAAGCCAUUGACCUAGUAGACGAGGCUGCGUCGGCACUUCGUCUACAGCAAGAGUCAAAACCAGAUUCUAUCCAACGCCUCGAUCGAGAAAUCAUGACGAUUCAAAUUGAACUCGAGUCUCUCCGCAAGGAAACUGAUAUCGCAUCCAAAGAACGGCGACAGAAGCUGGAGGAAACCCUGGCUGAGAAGAAUAAAGAGGUGGCUCGUUUGACCGAGAUCUGGGAUCGAGAGAAGGCCGAAAUAGAAAACAUCAAAAAGAUCAAGGAAGACCUUGAGAAGGCUCGUUACGAGCUCGACGAAGCAAGACGACAGGGCAACUUUGGUCGUGCUGGAGAACUCCAAUAUGCUGUCAUUCCCAAGCUCGAGUCUCAACUACCCCAAGAAGGCGAGGAAGUCCAGACCACCACCGAAAAAGGAGAGACCUUGAUUCACGAUUCGGUCACAGCCGACGACAUUGCCAAUGUCGUCAGCCGAACCACCGGUAUUCCCGUCACCAAGCUUAUGGCUGGCGAGGUGGAAAAAUUGGUCAAGAUGGAAGACAAACUACGGGAGCACGUCCGCGGCCAAGAUGAAGCUCUCACUGCCGUUGCCAACGCCGUCCGAAUGCAACGUGCAGGCCUCAACGGCGAAAAUCGCCCUCUAGGCAGUUUUAUGUUCUUGGGUCCCACUGGUGUUGGCAAGACCGAGUUAUGCAAACAGAUUGCCAAUUUCCUCUUCAGCUCCGAGUCGGCAGUCGUGCGAUUCGACAUGUCUGAAUUUCAGGAGAAGCACACCGUUUCCAGGCUCAUUGGUGCAACAGCCGGGUACAUCGGUUACGAAGACGCUGGACAAUUGACCGAAGCUGUCCGGAGAAAGCCGUAUGCUGUCAUUCUCUUUGACGAAUUCGAAAAGGCACAUCGCGACAUUUCGAGUUUACUGCUGCAAGUCUUGGACGAGGGAUUUUUGACUGAUAGCCAAGGGCACAAGGUCGAUUUCCGAAACACCAUGAUCGUCCUCACCAGCAAUCUCGGGGCGGAGAUUCUCAUGGGCAGCGGCGCCAACGCUGAAAAUGUCACCCCAGAGCAAAAACGAGGCGUGAUGGAAGUAGUGCAAGCGAGCUACCCCCCUGAAUUCUUGAAUCGUAUCGACGAGUUCAUCAUCUUCAACAAGCUUUCCAAGACUGCCCUGAGGGACAUUGUUGACAUCCGCAUAAAGGAACUUCAGGGUCGUCUGGACGACCGGAGAAUGAAGCUGCUGGUUUCAAACGAAGUCAAGGACUGGCUGUGUGAAAAGGGUUACGAUCCAAGAUACGGAGCCCGACCACUCAAUCGGCUGAUUCAACAUGAGAUUGGUCGCAAACUGGCCGACAGGAUCAUUCGAGGAGAACUGAAGGGAGGAGAGUCUGCAGAAGUGAUCCUAGAUCCGGCAUCUGACACGCUGGACCUCAAGGUCAGUAAUGCAGCAUCUGCAUGACAUGUCAAGAAGUUUUGACCAUGCUGUAUCAUCACACAUCCAUCAUUCUCCUCUCUCACAGACACACACACGCAGCCUUCCAAUGCUCGACAUGCUAGCGGAAAUAUGAAAUCCGCAACCAUCCAUCGUGACACACAUGGAAUCCACGCCAACGCACGGUCCUCUUGGUGUCUGUCCUGCGGGUGAGCCGGGCGAUGGCGUUCGUGGCGUUGCAACGUGCCUCGUGGAAGGACAAGCUUUGGGCUUCGGAGUGAGCGAAAAAGCAACAUCAGGCGAGAAUUUCAUGUCUCCACAUUUACGCUGUUCGCCGUUCAGGCCCACCACUAGCUUCCGACAAACUCUAAUCAUGAGAACCCAUCCACAACGACAUCGGCGAUCCUUCUUGCAUACGGAGUACAUGCGUAGCCGAAUGAGGCAAGCGAAACCUUGUUCUUGACCUUCAGAGCUUGGGUGGAUGGGCCAGCACAGGUGGAUUUGCCCAUUAGCCUCAAAAAAUACGAAGUCCUCGUGAGUGGUGAUUUUGUUAGGCAUUUCCACCAUGGCCCACACUUUAGUACACGUCCUUCGGAACCGGAAGAAAAUUUUUGCAUCUUGGGCCCGCUUGCUCGAAGACCAUGCGGUCAUUGUUACUCAUCGUACGAUGAGUUAGCCGAUGGGGUAGCUUGGGCCCUUAGGGCUCCGUGGAUCCAUCCAAGAGAUGUUGCCCGAUGGCAUCCCAGUAGUCUUUGAGACGGGGCGACCGAAGGGUUUGGACCGUUGAUCUUGGGUGUGACGAUGUGCUCUCCACUCUGAGAGUUACAGUUACAGUCUGGUCGUAAACAUUGUCAUUGACCCUACAAUGAACUCCGCCACUGCAUUGGCAUCAUCGAAUCUCUACACUGGAUUGUACAAUAUGCGUUAAGCAACAUUCAACUCAACAUGGUAUGCAUUGAUUGGUGUUAAUUGGCAUGUUCUGAACUAUUUUUGACAUUGAUCUCAUCAAGUUGAUUGAUUAAUGGCUCACAAAAGCACAAGAUGAAAAAAGAUACCCACCACUUUUGUACCAAAUAGAUAUGGGAAUCUCCUGUUGCUUGUACAACAAAUGAA